AUGGCCUCCUAUAACUUCAGUAGCAGACUCAACGAAAGCAAAUUUGAUUCUGAUGAUGAGGCUAUGCGGGGUAAUACUUCGCAAGACGGCUGCCAGUUUCGUAACGAUGCUACAUCCACGCAAACUCUUCGAGUUGUCGCCUACUGUGUGAUUAUUGCUGUAUCAAUCUUUGGCAACUGCAUGACAAUCGCUGUCGUCUGGCGAAACAAGAACAUGCGAAAAGCGUUGGACUUUUUUAUUGUUAACCUAGCCUUAACAGACUUGACCAUAACGUGUGUUUAUAUGCCUCGGGUAAUAGUUAUGUGGCUGCGAGGUAGUGCAUGGCUCGUGGAAGGCGUUUUUGGUGCGAUUUUAUGUAAAGUUGUUCCAUUUUUACACGGUAUAAGUAUCAUAGUUUCAAUUCUUACGUUGAUGGCCUUGGCUGUUGACAGAUUUAUUGCCAUUGUGUAUCCAUUAAGGCAAAGAAUUACAGCGAGAACUUCAAAGUUCAUCAUCGCUUUUACCUGGAUUUUAGCCGCUAUGGUUCGAUUUCCAUACCUUUACUCUCUAAAGCUUGUGUACAAAACUCGCGAAGACGAAUUCUCCUGUGACGCUAAUAUAAAAAGAGCCUUCGGAAUAAACCAAGCAAGAGAGAUAUACUACACGUUUCUGUUUGUAGCGUUCUACGGCGUUCCAUUUGUAAUUAUUACUGCGUCGUACGUGAAGAUUUUGGUGGCAUUAAGACGACAGCAGGCGUUCCGUGAAGACAUCGCAGACCAAGCUAAAGAUUCAGCGAGAUCAAAGGUUGUCCGGGAAACGCGGGACCGAGCAAGUAAAAAAGUAUUGUACAUGUUGUUAUCCGUCACAGCAGCUUUUGUCUUCUGCUGGCUGCCAUACUUCGUAGCGCAAAUCGUGUUCGAUGUAAUACCGUGUUUAUUAAGAUUUUGGCGCCUUUUUCUCGCUCACAGCAAUAGUGCUCUCAAUCCCUGUCUCUACGCGGUUUUUAACGAGAAAUAUCGACGUGGCUACAGAAGAAUUCUCAGCUUAUUUUGCUGUGAACGGGUCUAA